AUGGAAAGACAACCGCUUUUCUGGGGAGGUUGUCUUCAGGCACUCAAAAGGGUCCAGCAUUUGACAUACCGGCAUAGGCUUUCCUACAAUAAAGCCUCUAACAAAAUUAGGCUGUCCCAAAUCCCUGGUAAUAGCAUUAUUUACCUUUAUACCAAGAAGGUUGAGAAAGCACCAAAAUCUGCAUGUGGCGUGUGCCCAGGCAGACUUCAAAGGGUUGGUGCUAUAAGAUCUAAAGUUCUUAUGAGAUUGUCCAAAACAAAGAAACAUGUCAGCAGGGCCUAUGGUGGUUCCAUGUCUGCUAAAUGUGUUCCUGACAGGAUCAAGCAUGCUUUCCUUAUUGAGGAGCAGAAAAUUGUGAAAGUGUUGAAGGUGCAAGCACGGAGUCAGAAAGCUAAAUAAAAAAUGAAACUUUUUGAAUAUUAAAAAUGAAAAAGCUUGCCAAAAAAAAAAAAAAAAAGAAAGACAACCCGUCAGAGAUUGCAAAGCCCCAGGAAAAAAAAUAAUGACAUCCUAAAUGUCAGUAGUGAAAACCAAAAUGGAAAAAAAAGGAUGAACUUAAGUGGGAUCAGGGAUGUGUUGCAAAAGGUCUUACCCAUGUGGAGGCUGAGGGAGAUGAGGGACUCUAGAAUUUUCUCAAGUUUUUAGAUUGAGCACCUGGGUAGAUGGGAUACUGUAACAGAAUUGUGGAAAGCUGCAGUACAAACAACUUUUGUAUGGAAAAGAAUGGACUCAGUAUUGACUUUGUCGAAUUUGAAGUUAUUUUAGGUCCACCAGGCAGGGAUGUCCCUUAGGCAGUUGGGUUUGAAUCUGAAGAUGUAAGUCAGGAAUGGCGUUAAGGAUUUUGGAAUCAUCCAGAAUAUAGGUUAUAGUGAAAAUCUAAUAUAUGCAUGGAGUUUUAAGAAGAGAACAGGCUCAAGUGUUAUACUUAGGAAAGCACAAACAGUAGUUUUUAGCAGUGAUAAUACCUGAAAAAAAUCCUGAGGUAGAACUAUACCAUGUCAUUAAGGCAGCCUACCUGCCAGCUGUUAUGUCGUAAUACCAAAUAAUGAAAACAUCAGCCUCCUGCCAUCUCUUUCAUUUUCAUUCCUUAUGGUUCCUAGUAUUCUGAUGAAGAAGAAUCCUUGAAGGAGUUUUUCCCUGCUGUCUAAUGUAAGGCUUCCUAAACUGUGCUUUCUAGAGCAUUUCUGGCAAUUCUGCAAGAUGUUAAUAAGCCUUCACAAACUCCUAUGUCAAAAACUGAAAUAUGAAACAUUUCUUAAUUGCAAUCCUUCUUAACACCUUUAAUAAUGUACACCAGGAAUUUCUAAGAGGGAUUGUAGUUAGUAGCUCCUUCCUGAGUUCCCCCCACCCCAAACCACAGACCCCUUUUCUUUAGGGACUACCUAUUAAUAUCUCAAUUUUUUUUAAAAAUGCUCAUUUUUUGAUUGGAGAAAUUAAUGUCAUCUUCAUAGUCAUUUGGGCUUUCAAUAUUUGAGGGUCUUUUGUAUAUGAAAGGUAUACUAAUAGUUACUGUGUUUUAAUUUAUAAAGCUGAGUGUUUUCAUAAACCUUUAAGCUCAAUUUAUAAAUCUUAUUAAUCUAGUAAUUUGGGAUUAUAUUUAAAACACUCAUUUUCAUUUGUUCCUUAAUUAGUGAUCAAUUAGCUUAUACAUUUGACAGAUUAAAUUCUCCUAAACAUUUCACAUCAUUUUCAAACUUGAUUAAUUGCAUUACUUUAGACUUCUCAAACUGUAACUCCCAAUAUGCUUAAUUUUCCCAAGCACUCUAAAUCUCUGGGAAGGCAGCCUUACAAAUCUAAUACAAGUCUUUCUGAGCACUUAAACACCACUUUCACACUGAAAGCCAAAUGCAUGCCCUAGUCAAUCAGUUUUCAAACACUGUAUAUGAACUUAGUCAAUCAAACUGUUCUUAAGUAUUUCAAAUUAAAAUGUCAAGAUUACUACUACUUGCUUUAAAAUAUUUUAAAUAAAAACCACAAGCCUUAAAUAUCGAUUUCCUAAUGUGUCAGAUUCUCUUAAAUGUUUCACACACUUGAAAUAACAAAUGAAAUAUUCCUAGCCCUAACAGAAGUAUGAAAAUUACUGUUUUCACCAAUUCCAUUUUUUAAAAUAUAUUCUCUCCCUGUUUCUGGUUGAGGGCAGAGAAUUACAGUCAGCCCUGCUAAAGCUGAAGAUACAAGGCUGCUGGCCAGAUUGGGAAUUAAAUACCUGGGUGUUAAUUCCAGGAUGGAUCUAUCUGAGCUUUUUUUUUUUUUUGAGUGAUAAUAUUUUGUGCACAUAAAUUUUUUUGAAAACUGUAUUAUGCAUCUGUCAUCCCAUUAUUCUUUAUCUUAUUAACCAGUUUUAUUAUUUUAAUUGCCCAAUUGAAUUAAUGAUAUUCACUACCCUGCCAUGGAUUGCAGUUAAUCUCUUAACUACCUAACGAUUCUCCACCUGCUUUAUAUUUUGUUGCUCUUUCUCCUAGAACUAUUCUUUAAUACUUUUACUGAUAAAAGGCAAAGAAGCCCUUACUAUGCUCCUUAUUAUAUGCUUUCUUAACUUUAGUGUUUUUCUUGUUUCUGCUUUCUUUUUUGUUUAUUAUACUCCAUCUAUGGUGAUUUUGUUCACUGUCACCUUUAUUUCAAAAUUUCCUUUUCAUCUUUUUUCAGGCCAUGAAUUAUUAAGUAAAAUUUCCAAGCCAAUAGUUAUUUAGCUUAAAAACAAAAACAGUCAUGGAAAGUGGUCAGCUUGUCAUGUUAUUUACUUUCAGUGUGAUUUUGGAUAAGCUCAUUUUAAUCUCUGAGCCUUGACUGCCUCAGCUUUUAAACCAGAUGAAUAUCUUACCUGUCUGCAGGCAGGGGCCAAAUGAGAAGAUAUCUUGGGGCCUUCUCUUUCAUCUUCGAUAGCUCUAAUUCUUACUGCUUUUCAUCUUGCUCAGUUGCUCUUUACUGACACGGUCUGUAUAUGCGGGUCAUUUUGUAGAACUACUCAGAGAAAUAACUUUUUCAACCUUUAAUUAGUUGUAAAUAUUUAAAAACUGGGAGAUUUUACUCUUUUUUUUCCCAAAGAUGGAAAGAUGUGAAAAUACUGUGUCUGCAUUUCUCCUUCUCCCCAGCAGCUUGAGCUGACUUCUGUCUAGUGUCCUGUGCUUUCCAAUUUGCCUCAGUGCCUACCGCAUCCGUUUUGUAAUGAAUUGAGCCAAUGAGGUUUACAUAGAAACAGUUAGUGUAAAAAAUAAGGUCAGUUCUAGAAUUUAAGGCCCUAAGUUUAUGUAUAUGAUAGUAUCAGCUUUUUGAAGAAACAAAAGUUUUAAAUACUAUACUUUUUUCGUAUCAGUUUCAACCUAUAUGCAUACUGAAUUUUCAUAUAAAAACUAACUUCGGUUUAAAAAAACCAGUGAAUAAAGCUCAUGCUUCUCCUGUUUCUGCUUUUUUUUUUCUUCCAGUGUGAACAUUCUGAUUUUCCGUUGGGUACUAGGAAGAGGUGAAUACUUUUGUUUGCUUAACUUGAGGACUUACUGUUCUAUCAGGUUAUUGCACUUGGACAUAAAUACCUUCGUAUAUUUCUGAAUAAUUAUUCCUCAGAUUUUUUUUGUGAUAUGUCUUGAAUUUGCCCAAUUUUCAGGUGAUUGAUGCAGUCAUUUAAAAAAUUGCUUGGGGAUUAUGAUCUUGUAUACACUUAAAAGAGUGGACACCACGUUGAAAUUACUACAUUUUUUGGACUACAUUUCUGUAUAGGAUUGGAGACACUCUGUUAAUAUUCCAGAUAAGAAAUCUGCUACAUGUUUGUCAUUUACCGUGGUUUUCUGGACUUAGGACAUGAAAUUCUAUCAAGCAGCUUGAGAGCAAUAUUAAAAAAUGAUGUAGCAUCACAAGCCAAUGAUAAAUGUGUUCACCAUAAGAAUUUAAAUGUGGUGAAUAGAUGCAGUAGUGUGAUUAGCAUUCAGUGGCCUAUCUCUAAUUUUCUUUACCUGCAUUGAAAGCCAACCAAGCUUGAAACAUUUUCAGUGCGCCGAGCAUUUGUGUGCUCCACUCAGUAUCAGGGCAAAUUUUGCCCCUUUGAAUUUCUUUCCGAUAUACAUAGUUUGAAAAACAAAUGUCCACAAAUAAGAAUAUAAAAGUCACUUGAUAUCCUACACCAUCACAAAAAAAGAAUGUGGGGCUACUAGCACACAACAACUUUAUUUCUCAUUAUUGGCUAUAAAAUUAUUUUCUUGCCUAAUUUGUUUCAAUCAGACAUUUAGUGGUGUAUACCUAAUUGUCUUUCAUUAACAAUCACACUCAAUUAAUAUAAACAUUGAUUUAUGCUUGAUAUCAUACUGAAUUUAUAAUAAUUUGGAAACAAGAGACAACUUAUAGGGAAUAGAAUGGAAUAAACUCUGUAAGAUACAAAACAAAUCAGAAGUACUUUAAGAGUAAGCAAAUUGUUAUGAUGCACAAUAAAUACACAAACAAUUGUGAAGAUCUGGGAACUGGAUUUUGUAAAAUGUGAACAUGUUAUAUUCAUACAAUGGUGUAUAAAUUCUUUGGGAGGGGUACUUUCUUGUUUAUUUCAUUAGAAUGAUAAUGAAAAUUAGCUUCAUGACCUUCAUAUACAGCACUGCUGUGUAAUACAAAUAAUUAACUGCCACAAGUCUAUUUCUGUAACUGAAAGAGACAUGCAAAGGAUUAUGUUGUUUAAAGGACUCUUAAAAUUAAUAAUUAUAAAUUUCUUCUACAUGUAAAAGUUCUAAAAAAGAGAAGAAACUGAAAUGGAUAUGUCUUAACUAAUUAUGCCUAAAAUCUGAUGCACAUUUUCCUUUGAAAAGCCAAUUUUCUGAAGAAUAGUUAUACACAGCUUCAUUCCUGGCAUGACUAUUUCAGGUGUAGUGUUCAGGGAUUAUUUCAAAGCAGACAGAUAUAUGAUAUAGAAUGAUUCUGGGGACAGACUUUCCAGAUUAACAAGAAAAGAGAAUUUUAAAAUAGGUAUACCUAAAAUUGGAUAUUUUUAAUGUGAGGAGUGCUUAAUUCAAUGGGGACAUUUCUCAGAGAGAUUUAUUACUUUUUGAUGGUGCCUCUGUGACUUUUAUGAGAGUCCCUCAGUAGCUGUCCUCCAUCAGAGAACAUCUCAGAAUUACUUUUUUUUCUGUCCAUUUCCCCAUAUUUUUCAUUUACUUUACUAGAUUUGCUCACAUUUAUUACCCCUAUUCAUAUUUCCUUUCAUUCUUGAUACAUUGGAAGAAAAUUUAAGAAAACAAUUUUUCCAACACAUACACAUAUGUGUACAUAUGCUAUAUCUAUGUAUAUGUAUGUGUAUACAUAGUUUGAAAAAUGAAUGUCCACAACUAAGAAUAUAAAAGUCACUUAGUAUCCUACGCCAUCACAAACAAAGAAUGUGGGGCCACUGGCACACAACAACUUUAUUUCUCAUUAUUGGCUAUAAUAUUAUUUUCUUGCCUAAUUUGUUUCAAUCAGACAUUUAGUGUGUGUACCUAAUUGUCUUUCAUUAACUGUCACACUAAAUUAAUAUAAAUGAUGAUUUAUAUUUGUAUAUAUGCUAUAUAUAUGUAUAUGUAUGUGUAUAGCAUAUAUACACACAGUGCAAGCUUAGCAUAGCAUCUGUCUCUCUUGCACAUUAGAUUUAAAGGCUCACUAGCUAAAAUGUGUUUAAAAAUUGCAGAUUACAUCCAAUCUUUUAAUUUAGAAGAUAAAGAUAUUGAGAUCUACCCAGGUUAGCCACAUGCCCAUGUGGUCUUCAGACAGAGGCAUAGCUCAGAUGGGAAGGCACGACUCUGAUGCCCUGCUCAUACCUUCCCUUCAGUACUGCCACAUCUGGAUGAAGGAGGUCUGGGUGAAAGUAAGAAGUAUUAAGAAAGACUGGGUGAGGUAUUAGCAAACUCUAGAUUGCAGUCAACUUGAUCACUAUAUGCUAGGCAAUUUUAGGAAUAUGACUUUCUAUCUGUAAAUGGAGGUAGAAUAGAUGAAGAACAUUAGAAAGAUUAUUUAAGAAUAUGAAUGGUGAAUUAAGAAAAAGGUUAGGACCAAUGAGAUGUGACACAAUAUCUACUCCCACUUUACCCCUGUUUUAGAGUUAAAAUAUCAGAAGAUAUCAGAGGAAGUAAAUAAAGUUUUAUGAAAAUACAAUAUUUGUUAAAUUUAGGAUAUUUUGACCUUGAAGCAUGUUAGCAUACCAUUUCAUCUAUCGAUGUUUGAUUGGGAUCUUUUUACAACUUUCAUUUUGUUCUUGAUCAUAUUCAUGCAUUCCUUCUCCUUCUUAAACAGUAACACACUUUAAUACCGGAUUAAAUGCCUUGUUCACUAAUUCUAUCGCCUAUUUAUAUGUCUAUUUAUAUUGAUUGUUUUUUCUCCUCAUUUUGGGAUAUGAUUUUUUUCUGUUUCUUUUCAUGCCUGGCAAUUUUGACUGGAUGACAGACAUUAUGAAUAUUAUGUCGUUUGGUAUUGAUUUAAAAAUUUUUAAAAAAUAUUUCUGGAGGCUGGGCACGGUGGCUCACACCUGUAAUCUCAGCACUUUGGGAGGCCAAGGUGGGCAGAUCAUGAGGUCAAGAGAUCAAGACCAUCCUGGCCAACAUGGUGAAACCCCAUCUGUACUAAUAAUGCAAAAAUUAGCUGGGUGUGGUGGCACACACCUGUAGUCACAGCUACUUGGGACUCUGAGGCAGGAGAAUUGCUUGAACCUGGGAGGCGGAGGUUGCAGUGAACCAAAAUCGCGCCACUGCACUCCAGCCUGGCACCUGGCGAUGAAGGAAGACUCUGUCUCACAAAAAAGAAAAGAAAAGAAAAUAUUUAUGGGCCUUGUUCUGGGAAGAGUAAAGGUGCUUGGGCACAGUUUGAUCAUCUUUGGCUUGCUUGUAAGCCUUUUUGGUAAAUCCUGAACAGUGUUUAUAGUCAAGUGCUAAUUUGGCCACACUAGUGAGGGUUUGCCCUUCUGAGCCCUUGACUCAAUGCCCUGUGAAUUAGCAGGUCAUUUCUAUCCAAGAUCAUCAAGUACCAAGGCCUUCAUGAGCUCCAGAUAGUUUCCACUUCUUCCUUAAUGAUGGUUCUUUCCCUGGAGUCAGUAGUUUUCUUUUAUAUAUGACCAGACCAGUAUUCAACCAAAGACUCAAUUGGACUGUGCCUGUCUCCAGAGCUUGCUCACUUGCCCUUUCUGUGCAGCUCCCUCCUUUCUGGUACUCUUGCGAGCAGAUUCUGGCCAACUUGGUGUCCUAGAGCCCUAAACUCUGUCUCCUGAACCAAGCAAGACCGUUGGGCUCUGUUUGGAAUCUGCUUCCCCAUGCCACAUCUGGAAACCCUUUUCAGGCAGUGAACAUUUUACUUAUACAUAUUGCUGUCUUCAUUUGUCUCCCUUCUCUCAGAUUUUAUUGCGCAACAUUACCCCUUAUUCAAUGUGUGUCAAAAAGUUUAUGAUACAGAGUGCUAACAUGAUCUAUAUACUGGGUUCUCUGAACACUGCUUGAACUUCUGUAAGCUCAAAGGCAGAGCCUUAUCAAUUUAUUUGCAAACAUUUAUUGAGAGUUCAUUACAUAAUAGGAUUCUCUUAAUUAUUGGAAAUACAGAGAUUAAUAAACUGUGUCCCCGUAGCCUUGAUGAAAAAGCUAGCAUGAACAUUUUUUUUUACACUGACUGAGAUUAAAAGAUUGUUAUAAUUGGAGAUUAUCCUGAGAGAUCAGAAGGUCUUAGAAACUUUGUGUGUGCAGUAUGUAGCAUGUAACUAGAUCUUGAAUACAGCAUUCAAUAAGUACUAAAGGAUGAAGGAUAGUGCAGCUAAUUUAUAGGCAUAUUCUGCUAAGAAAUGCUUACAGCUUUUUUUCUUAGUUCCCAAGAAAAGAUAACUUAAAUCUAAGAAUAUGAUGAUGUAUGUUUUAGAGAGAAAAAAAAUCUAACUUAUUUUGAUUUGGACUAUCAUGAAUGUUAUUUAUUGACAAUUCCAAAAAACUUUAAAUGUCACAUUGAUAUCUAAGUUUAUAGUCUUGUUUUGCUUUCUAAUUGUCAUAUCAAACAAUUGAAAAGUACCAAUCGUAUCAAACCUUCAUUUGUAACUGCUGCUUCCCCUUUCUUCUUUUUUUCUCUUCUUUUUUUAUUCUUUUGCUUAUUUCUGUUCAUGUUUUGAAAAGCAGGGUCUGCAGAUAGUUAUUUAUAUGUAUGAAUUCACUGGUUCAUUCUAGUGCGAAAUAGGUCAUUCUGGAACAGUGAGAAAUGUGAUUGCUGAAUUUCAAGCAGUUUUUGCUGCUCAGCUGGAUCUGUAGAAAAAGGAAAGGGGUCAGGCCCGCACUUGUUGAAGGUUUCUUGUUGCCAUUGUCCUAGUGAAAGAGACUUGAUGCUGGUGAAUGUGAAGUAUUCAAUAUAUUAGGGAGGAGGAAAGGGAGGCUUAGUAUCAAGUUUAAUAAUUAUUACAGUAUUUUAUUUUAACUGCUCUUUAGAUGGUUAAUACAAAAAACACCUAAAAUGCCAUCCUAAUAAAGAUGUGUAGGGCUCUUUCUCCUUAAAAAAAAAAAUAGGUACAGCAAAUAAUAGCACUGUGAAAAUUUUUAGGCACAAAUCCGCCCUUUUUUUUUUUUUUUUUUUGCAUGCCAAUGUACUGAAAAAGAAAGAAAACUGCAGUAGGAUUGGCAAGUUAUGAUUCUCAUAAAAACUUUUAAAAAAUUAAACAAGAAAAUAAAGAAUGUUAGAAAAAAUUGUACAUUACUCAGUAUUUUAAAAUGAAAAUCAUUUAAUCUUCUGCCUUCUUUUCCUCUGUGUGGAAAUUAGGGUUGUAAAUAGGAAACUACUUUCAAAUGUGAAACUGUUUACAAACUUGACAAAAAGAGCCAUUAAUUAAAAUCUAAUUUCCACAUUCAAGUGGCAAUUUUGUUUAUGAAUACAGCCAUUAAUUCAUAGGUUUCUUUUUCUUUUUUGUAUGACAUAGUCAUAAUGUACUUCAAUUAUUUCCAUUAAUAUCUAGUUAAGAAAUUUCAGAAAUUCUAUAUUUAGAAAUAUGUACUUUAGUCUAUUUCAGUUGUUAAUAUAAAUAAAUAGGCUGCAUUACUGAAGAAUUUCUUUUAAAUUAAACUUGAAGAGAGAAUCUUAUAAGAGAUUAAUUCAGAAUUAUGCUCAGGUUCUGCUUGGGUGUUCUUGAAUCCAGUGGUUUGUCUCAUAUCCAUUUUAAAGCAAGUGAGUUAGAAUGAGUACCAACAGAACAGUGAGAGCUUCGCUUGGCUGGCCAAGGAGCAGGUGUGAGCUACGGGCACACCCUUCCCAUUUAGGAGCUGUGUGGUACUGACAGACUAUGAUCUUAAUCACUUAUUGACCUGUAAGCUGGAAAAGAAUGAAGGUUUCUGACUCAGUCAUAUGGCAGACUUUUAAAUGGAAAUCUUCAUUAUAAAGAAAGGGAAUUCUUUCUCUGAUUUUAACAGAAUGGGAGUGUUAUCUGCAUCAUCCCCAUGACCCCACCUUCUGUGGACUGAAUGAAUUUAAUGUUUGGAAACUGAUUCAGAUAAAAUGUAGUAUUGUGAUUAAAGCUAUCUCAGAACAUUUUAUCAUGUAUUGCUCUUGUAUUAUAUACAUUGUAUCAUGUAUUAUAUACAUUGUUUACAUUGAGCUAAUGCAAUAACAUAAUUAAAGAUUCCCCUAGGACUGCAUAGGAAUCUAGGAGUGGGGCACUAACCGGUAUUCCAUUGUGUGGGGGAAGGAAAUUUCUCAUCUUAUUCGUUACUAGGUUUAUGGCUGAGACCCCUAUGACAAGACAGAUAUCAAGAAAAAAAUAGAAAUUUAUUUAAAUAUAAGUUUUAGGUGACAGAGGGGCCUUCAUAAGGAAAUUAAAACCUAAAGAAACAAGUAAACCUGUAUAUUUUUAUGCUAGGUUUGAUGAAAAAGUCAAUCAAUACAGAGAAGUAUGAUUAGACAAAAAGGUUAUGAACUAAUGGUAAUAAACUGUGAAGAACUUAGCAAGUCUUGUUUGUUGAGAUUCUCCUCUGUGUCCCUGUAUCAUCAGAGAUGAGGAUGUUCCUUUCUUGUGGAUAUAGAAUGAACACCUCUCACAUGAAGGUCUUAUGACCUGCUUCAGGGGAAGGUUAGAAAAAGGAUAUGGGGAAGGUGAGAGUGACCUUCCUCCUUCUGCUGUUUUCUCCAAUGCCAAGGUAUCAUAUUUUGGGGUAGUGUGUCCUGACCCUCCUCAAUUCUCUCCAUUACUCUUUGUCCUUCCUUUUGUAAACCUCAGAUAUUUCCCUGACUGUUCUCCCUUUUUACUUUCCUAAUAGAUCUUUGCAAGUGUGAGUCUUUUGGCCCACAGGAGAACCAGAUAUAAUGGGGGUGCUUUUCCUAACUUGCCUUGUUUUAAGUAAGGACACAAAUCUAGGAUUUCUAAGGAGUGUUCUACUUAGUGCUGAAAAAAAUGGAGAGGAUUAUCAAAGUGUUUUUUACAGUAGAAAACUAAAGGAAACAUUUAGAAAUCUUUAGUAAUAGCUACCCAUGUCUUUAUUUAAAUAUAUAUAUAGAUCUAUCCUAACAUGAUUAUUCUUAGACAUAACAACUUCAUUCAUUCAUGAAUCUAUCAAACCUUUGAACAUACUAGAUGUGCAGCCCUAAGUGCCCAAAACUGACUCCUAUAUCUAAAGAGCUUAUAAUACUUCAUAGUUUUCUAAGCACUUUCAUUAGGAUUCAUCUGAUUGUUUAUCUACUUAUUUAACAAAUACUUGUUUAUCUCCCUGUUGUUAGCACUGGAAUUACAGCAGUGAAUAAAAUAAAACUCCACUGCCUUUGUAGAGUUAUAUUCCAGCAGGAAAAAUGAUAAUGGACAAGUAGAAAUAUUCUUUACCUCACACAGUGCUAAGAAAAGUGUAAGAGAUUAAAAGGAUGUAGAGGGUGGGGUGUAUGUUUGCAGUUUGAACUACAACUCAUGGAGGAACUGGCGCUGGAGCAGAAACUUGAGUAAAUUCAAGGAGUAAGCCACUUGGAUAAAAGAGUAAAUAAUAAGUAAAAAGUUCUUGAAGCAGAAACACGUUGGUGUGUUUGAGAAACAAAAAGAAGGGCAGUAUAGCCAGACCAAAUCAGAGAAGGAGGGAAAGGCAGCAAAUAAGGUUGGAGUGCUAGCCAACGGGCAGAUUAUGUUGGGCCUAAUAGGUCAUGCAAAGGGGUCUGGAUUUUAUUCUAGGUACAAUGGAAAGCCUUUGGAAGAUUUUGAACAGGAGAAUGACAGGUUCUCAGUAUUGGUUUAAAAGAAUCAUGCUGGCUAGUGGGUUGUGAGGAGAUAGUACUGGGGAAAGGAUGGCAAGCAGAUAAAUCAGGAGUAGUUUAAGUGAGAUAAGAUAGUGGUGUCCACUUGGGUGAUAGGAGUGGAGAUUAUGGGAAGUGGUCAGCUUUUGUAUAUAUUUUGAGGAUAGAGCCAACAGCAUUUGCUGCUGACUUGGAUGUAGGAACUCAAGAGAGUAGUUAAGAUGACCCCCCUAUGCUAUUGCUCCACACUGCAGUUAAGGAAUGGAGGUUCCAAUGUGAGCAGUACUUUCCCAAAACUAGUUCUGUUUUAGAACCUGGAUUAACACUGAAACAAAUGUAAAGUUUUUCUUGUUUUUUUCUUCUGUUCAGAAAACUAAGACCAUUCUGGAUUUAAGCAAGGAGGUGAUAUUCUGGAUAUCUGCACUCUAAAUAUAACAAAUAUCCUUAUCACCAUAAGGGUCACACACAAUUUCAUUGUGGGUUUUUUGUUUGUUUUGUUUUGUUUUUCUGAAAGCACACACUCAAGAUCCUAAAAAAAAUAUUUAAGAUUGUUUUAUCCCUUCCAUUCCAUGUCUCCUUUCCUUAGUAGGACAGUAAUGAAUGAUCAACAGCCAUGUGUGCUUUUAGAAGGAGAAAGGAAUACUUAAAGAAGGGCUCUUAUGAAGCUGAAAAAGAACAGGAAAGAGAGAAUAAAUUGCGAAUUAAAGUACCUCUCAUUUAUUUGUGUAUAUUAUUCUCUUUCCAGCUCCUUUUCUUGUACUGUGUCAGCCUGGAUGUCCAGAUAAGUUAAGGCUGAUCUUAGUCCAAGCUGCAAAUAAAGUUGGGGACUGCAGAUAAUUUCUGUUUUCAUUAUUAAGGAAUUAGCUAACUUACAGACAUUGCUUAUGUUGUACUACAUACGUGACACUUAUCAAAGUGCUUAUAUAUUCUAACUUGUAUAACUCAUUUAAUACUCACCAAAGUGUGCAAGGAAGUUAAUACUUCAGAUUUCCCUACUUUAAGAUGAAGAAACUGACCCCAGAGAGGUCAAGUGACUUGCCUUGGGUUUGUAGAGCUAUAGUGGAGUAGCAGAGCUAGGAUUACCAUCCUUCUCAUGAGAAAUAAGAUGUGUGUUGAAUCCAGUGAAAAGGGAGAACAUUAUUUACCUUUCAUAAUUCAGCAGACUCUGAAGUUUUAGAUAAAUGAAGAGGAAUAUAGGAUUAGGAAAAAAUGUUCCCUGGAAUAUAAUUAAUUCAAUUUCAUCAAAAGCAGAAUCAAAGUGUGUGUGUGUGUGUGUGUGUGUGUGUGUGUGUGUGUGUGUGUAUGUGUGUGUAUUUAGCAGAUAUCCAUUGGAAGGAUACAAGGAAGAUGAGCACAAUGAUGGAGUGAGAUGCGCUCACAUUAGUCAACCCUUAGGAAAUCCCUCGGGAAAUGGGUAUACAUCCUGAUUCUGUUAAAGUGUCAUGGGAUCCUUGGAGUGUUGCUUUGCCAGCCAGAAACCUCUGUAGCUGGUGGCACCUUUGCCUGAGUUUUGUGCUAGCCCACUGGGCUUGUUCUACCCACUUGGCCUGGCAGGCUGUGCUUGGCUUGCCCUUGUGGCCCAGAUCCCCCACUCACCAAAGGCAAGCCAGGUGCGUGACGAGGGGUGUGUGAGCGAGCAAGUGCAGGGUCCAGCCACUGCACACAGCCAGGCAUGCCAGCUGCGGCAGGGUGGGCAGCUCUGGGCACCAGCAUGGGUACCAGCUCCCUGUGAGGCUGUGGCUGGACCAGGAGUACUACAAGUGGCUUCCACUGUGGGCACUGGAAAAUGUGGUGGUACCUUGAAGCUUGGAGAUACCAGGAACCACGGAGCCCCAAAGAGUGUGUCACAGCCCUGGCUUGGGGAGCUCCUAGGUCUGGACUCCCCAAAGGGCUACAGUUCUUCUCUCCCUCUCAUCUCCUGCAAUGUGGCAAGUGGGGUUGGGGACCAUGUUUCAUCCCUGUUUUUGUUACAGCUCUUUCGGUCCCACCAUUUGGUGGGUCCCAAUUUCUUGUCCUAUGUCCAGGAAGAAUGAGGUAUACAAAUGACGGGAGGGUGAGCAAGGCAACGAGGUGCUUUAUUGAGCCAUAGUAUAGCUUUCAGGAGACCAAAAGUGGGUGCCUUCCUUCUGCAGGCAGGUUACCCUGGAGAGUGCAGCUCUUAGCAGAGAGGAGACCUGGACUGGGUAGCUCCCAUCUCCAGGAAGGUUGUCCUGUUUUUUCUGCAUCCCUCAGUUGAGAGAUGACCCAGAGUUGGUAGCUCCUAUCCACAGGCAGGUCAUCUGCCUUCUGCCCAAGUCUGGCUGAAUCUGGGGGGUUUUAUGGGCUUCAGAGGGGAGUAAGUUUGUGCUGAUUGGUCCAUGGGUGGCCAUGGGCAGCCAUGGUCAGCAGGAAAAAGCACUGUAAGUUCUCACUCUGGUCUGCAGAACUGGCAGCCUGACCCCCAGGCUUCACACCAUUCCUGGCCUGCAGGUGGGGCUUCACCCUGGAUUUGCCCCUUCCUGCCUAGGACCCUGUCUGCCUCCAGCCACCAUCAACCUGCCAUCCAUAGCCCCCAGGCUGUGCAUGCUAAGGAGUGCCAGCAGGCUUGUGCUGAGCUGCCCUCACACCCCCAUUGACCUCCCUCUGAUGGUUGUCAGUGUAUCGCAAAUUCCAGAGACCUCUGUGGCAGGGGUCUAGUGUGUCAGCACUGCCCCCAUUGUGGGUACACCUAGCUGGGUCGCAGCAGCCCCAGGCUCGGCCUCAACUUUGCUUCAAAAUCAUCAUGGGUGUCAGGAGUGUGGAGAUGCCAGGUAGCAGGAACAGGCACUUCUGAGCCUGUGGGCAGGGGGCCUGCCUGGCCCCAGGAGCGCAGCAAUGCCUGGGUCCACAGCUACAGCUGGGCAUUGGUAGCUGCACCUGAGAGGGCAGGGCUCCCUCCCCUCCAACGCAGAAAAGGGUGGGGCUCCUGGCUUUUCCAAGCUCCCACCACCUCUGUGGAGCAAGUGGCCCUGGCGACACUUCCCGCACUGCAGUCAGCAUCUUGGCAGCCACUGCUCCAGACAGGCCACAGCUGCCAUCAAAAACAGUACCUGUGGCUUGCCAAAGUUGUGUUUAUGUAUGUGUCAUCUGUUCCUUUAAAAAUACCUUUUGCCGGCUGGGUACAGUGACUCUCGCCUGUAAUCCCAACACUUCGAGAGGCCGAGAUGGGUGGAUCACCUGAGGUUAGGAGUUAGAGACCAGCCUGACCAACAUGGUGAAACCCCGUCUCUACAAAAAUAAAAAAAUAAAAAAAAUUAACCAGGCAUGGUGGCAGGUGCCUGUUAUCCCAGCUACUUGGGAGUCUGAGACAGGAGAAUCACUUCAACCCGAGAGGCAGAGGUUGCAGUGAGCCCAGAUCGCACCAUUGCACUCCAGCCUGGGCAAAAAGAGCAAAACUGGGUCUCAAAAAAGAAAAACCUUUUACCUUGUUUCUCACCACAUAUUCUAUUCAACUUAUGUAUUUUAUUAAGACAGUUUAGAAUCUGUAAUUCACCUUUUUAUUUUUCAUGUUUUUAUUUAAACAGCUUUUGGAAUGAAAAGAAUGAGAUUUCUCUUAAAGGAAUCUAGCAAAAUGAAAUUGUCCAGCUUCAAAGGACAGUGAAUUAUAAAUUAAUGACUGAUCAUGUAGACACUUUGCUUAACAGUUAAAACGCAUUUAUGUCUUUAUUUCAUCUAAUUAACAGAAAACACAAAAAUAAUAUGCUUUUCAUAGUUGUAUUUCAAAUUCAGAGGUGUUCACUUUGGGAGACCGAUGGCAGGCAUUGGAGACCAGCCUGGCCAACAUGGUGAAACCCUGUCUACUAAAAAUACAAAAAUUAGCCAAGCAUGGUGGUGCAUGCCUGUAAUCCCAGCUACUCAGGAGGCUGAAGCAGGAGAAUCGCUUGAACCUGCGAGCUGGAGGUUGCAGUGAGCUGAGAUCUCACCAUGCACUCCAGCCUGGGCGACAGAGUGAGACUCUGUCUCAAAAAAAUGAAUAAAUAAAAUAAAAUUCGAGGUUUUUAAGUAGGAAAUUUUACAUAAUUGAUUCUUAUCGUAUUUACCAUUUUUCAAAUUUUAUGAGCAUUUCCUUUAGUUUUUUUCACCUCUUUAAAAAGUGACAACUUUGGGCUGGGCACGGUGGCUCACGCCUGUAAUCCCAGCACUUUGGGAGGCCGAGGUGGGUGGAUCAUGAGGUCAAGAAAUCGAGACCAUUCUGGUCAACAUGGUAAAACCCCGUCUCUACUAAAAAUACAAAAAUUAGCUGGGAAUGGUGGUACGCGCUUGUGGUCCCAGCUACUUGGGAGGCUGAGGCAGGAGAAUUUCUUGAACCCAAGAAGCGGAGGUUGUGGUGAGCCGAGAUCGUGCCAUUUCACUCCAGCCUGGCUGGGUAACAAGAAUGAAACUCCGUCCCAAUAAAUAAAUAAAUAAAUAAAUAAAUAAAUAAAUAAAUAAAGACAACUUUAUUGAGAUGUUACUACAUACCACAAAAUUCACCCAUUUAAGGUAUACUAUUCAGUGGCUUUAGUAUUUUCACAGUGGUUUAAUAUAUUCAUAUUUAGCACAUUCACAAUUUAGUAUAUUCAGUAUUGCUGCUAUCUAAUUUCAGUAAAUUUUCAUCAGUCCAAAAAGAAAUCCUGUAACCCAUAGCAUCACUCCUUGUUAUUCCUUUUCCUUAGCCCUUGGCAACUAUCCGUCUACUUUUUGUCUCUUAGGAUUUGCCUAUUCUGGAUAUUUCAUAUAAAUGGAAUACUGUAAUAUAAUGUGCACCCUUUUAUGUCAUUUUUUUUUUCAGGUAAUACAGUGUUUUCAGUGUUCUUUCAUGUUGUAGCAUGUAUUCAUUUCCAAACUUCAUUUCUUUUUAUUUACAAAUAAUAUUCCAUUGUACUGAUAUACCAUGUGUCUGUUCAUUAGUUGAUAGACAUUUAGGUUGUUUCUAUUUUCCUAUUAUGAAUAUUUGUAUACAAGUUUUUGUAUGGACAUAUAUUUCCAUUUCUCUUGGAUAUAUACCUUCGAGUAGAAUGGCUGGGACAUGGGGUAACUUUACAUUUCAUAUUUUGAGGAAUUCCCAGACUCCUUUCCAAAGUGGUUGUACCAUCUUAUAAUCCCACUAGCAGCAUUUAAAAGUUCUAAUUUUGGCCGGGCGCAGUGGCUCAUGCCUAUAAUCCCAGCACUUUGGGAGGCUGAGGCAGGUGGAUCACCUGAGGCCAGGAGUUCGAGACCAGCCUGACCAACGUGGUGAAACCAAUCUCUACUAAAACUUAAAAAACUUAGCUGGGCAUGGUUUUGGGUGCCUGUAAUCCCAGCUACUCGGGAGGCUGAGAUAGGAGACUUGCUUGAACCCAGGAGACGGAUGUUGCAGUGAGCUGAGAUUGUACUAUUGCAUUCCAUCCUGGGCAACAAGAGCAAAACUCAAAAAAAAAAAAAGUUCUAGUUUCUACACAUUCUUGCCAUCACUUGUUAUUGUCUGUCUUUUCAAUUUGAUUUUUGUUUAUUUUCUUAUUUAGAAGAACUGAAAACCUGUCCUACUUGCUUGUUGGGGCCGUACAUGCUCAGUUUUUCCCUGUUUUAGACUGUGGUGGGGAUGGUAUAGUAGAAAGAGCCCGAAACUUAGAAGAAUUGGCAUGAGUCCCAGUUUAGCACUUACUGCUUGAAUGAACUUGAGUAAAUCAUUCAGUUCACUUUUGUGAACUUCAGUUUCUCCCUGUUUAAAAUAGGAUUAACUCUUGCUUUCUAGCGAUGAUCCAGUAAAGCAAUAUGUAAAAUAUAUUAGAGGAUCAGAUUCUUCUUCUUGUUCCUUUUCAGUCACUCUCCCUUUUACUCUCUCUUUGAUGCAUAUUUCUUAAUAAAUAAGGAGAGAUACUAAGUAAUUUUGUUUUAAUGGCCUUUCCCUCAUGGGAUAUAAACCCUAAACAAGCUUUAAAUUUCCUUUCUGUCUUUGUAAUUGUUAGUUAACAUUAAAAGUAGUUGUAUCAGCAGAAAAGUUGAAAGCAAAGUUUGUCUCCUGCUCUAUUCCAUUUGGGAAGAAUUUUAUAAUUUGUCUAGGAUAAUAAAUGAAGUAGAUAAUCUAUAUAUAUGGAUAAUUAAGAGAUGAAUGUGGCUUUUUUUCUAGUAUUUAAAUUGUUUUCCCAUAUUUUUCUUAUUUAUUCUUAUAACUUAAUUGUGUAUCCAAAGAAAGCUGUGUUUUCUCCUUUACCUUCUUUUCAGGUAAAGGCAACUUUCAGAACAUAUGCAAGGUUUAAUGGCUUCAAAACAGCAUGUGGCCUUAGUCUUCACUGGUUUACAACAGCCAGACUUUUCUGCUACAGUUUUGCCUGAAUCACCUUCUGAAGCCAAAUCAACACAACUAUACUCUUUCACAAGUGCUAUUAACUUUCUUUUCAUUGUGUUUUGCCCUCUCUGCCACUUGCCUGGCCCAUCAUUCCUCCUGUCCAGCCCCCAAGGUCCACUUCAGUUGCACCUUAUCCAAGAAGCCUUCUCUUCUCUUUCUUCAUUCAUUAGAAUCCUUUUUAUUUACUGCUAUUUUUUGAUAUAAGAAGCUAUUUAUACAUUUAAAAAAAUCAGAAUUGCAUACUCCCCAAAUUACUAUAUAUGUAUCCUUCCAGUCAUUUUAAAUAUAUAUCCAAAUAUAUUUUUGACACAAAUGAGAAUAUCCCAUAUAUGUUGUUACAUACUUGCUUUGUCACAAAACCAUGGGUCAUCUAUUGCACUCACUGAAUGAAUCUCUUACUUUGUAUUUCUGUUUUUAUUUAAUGUUUUUAUUAGUGUAUUAGUCUUACUCUUCCAAUUAAAAUAGACACAUCUUGGAGGACAGAGACUAUAUCUUAAACUCUUAGACAUUAACCAGGAGCACACAGAAGUCUGCCCUGCAAGAGACAUUCAAUAAGUGUUGUUGGUUAAGUUGGACAUUUUGAGCCUAUACUUAGUGUGAUCUUUUGUAAAUUCAAGAGAAAUCUUAGAGGAUUGACUUCUUUAUUUUCACUAUCGGUAAUCUUUCUAAUCAAAAUAACAUUUAGAAGUACAGUUGCAUGUAAGAUUAAUAUUUGGUUUACAGAAAGAAUAAAACUGAUGUUGGAAGUUUGAGAAGGCCUGGCAUGAGGCAUAUUGUCUGGAACAAUUUGUUUUGUAAAAUGAGGGAAAAGGAUAGCAGGUAGAGGGGGAUGAAAAGGGUAAAUCAACAAAAAGUAAAACAGUUAUUUGGUUGGGGAUUGAAAGAAAGGGUAACUGUAGGGAAACUUUUUGAGAAUUCAAAGACAUGUAGUCAAUACAAAAACUACGGAAGAGACCUGUUAUUCUUUUAACUAUAAUUAAAAAGCCCUACUGGCUUCCCAAAAUACCUAUUCCAUCAAGGAAAAAGAUAAGCUUUGUGUGUAAGUGAAAGACAGUAUCUCUUCUUUGUCUUGAAACAGUUGAAAAAUAAUAUGUUUUACUACAAGAGUAUGAGAUUGCCUGAUAAAUACAUGAUAUAAAAGCCCAAAAUUAAUCUUUUGACAUGUAUUUGUUUACUUUUGAUUCACGCAAAGACUAAUGUUAUGUUUUAUUUUUUUUCUAAAUUUGAUUAAUAGUAUUUUAUACUAAAGGUUCGCAGUGAAGAUAGCAAUGAUAGAAUCUGGUGACCAAAAGAUCAUUUUUAACAGUAGUAAAUAAUGUAUUGUUUUUAAAACAGGCAAUGGCCCGACUUUGUGCAUUUUCUAAUGAAUGCUAUUUGAAUUUUAAAGUUCUUCAUGCCACUGGAAAGCAGAAUGGCUGCCGCUUAAAACCAUAAGCUGCAGGAAGUUUCCUGAACUUUUAGAAAUUGAAUUACUGAAUACAGGUUACCUUUUGCAUAAUUGUAUAAAGCUGAUGAAAUGGGUCUCUUUUGCUCUGAUUGCUUUCCAAAUUCUACCCAAGUGAAUUCACAGCUGAUGGUUUUAAGCAGAGCAAAGACAGAUUAACUGGCUCACAUAAAAUAAAACGUUUAGAGACAGAAAAAUUAAAUAGUCCUACAGCUCCAGAAGAUGUUAUACAUAUUUUCAAAAUACCCAGUAAUUCUUAUGGCAAGUACCAUCUCUCCCUCUGAUUAAAUUCAUUGUGGUGUUUAUAACAUAUUUUACCUGGUGCUAUUAGUUGAUAUUACAUCUUUUAUUUAGUUUCUCAACUUUGCUUUACAGUGUUUAGAAUAGUAAAUGUCACUGGCAAAAAAAAAAAAAAUAGCAUGAGAAAAUUGCUUUAAGAUUUCUCUAUUCGAUUAAAGGUAUUUAUAUAUUAAUUCUGCCAGGAAUGCUUUAGAUGGUUAAACAUUAGUGACACACAUAGAGACAUUAUUCCUGAGUGUGUGUUUGCAGAAGUAUCUUUAUCUUUUCAUGAAGGUUUUUGUCUUGCCUUGUUUUUUGGUACUGUAUAUCUACACACACCAUUGUGCAAUGAUGGACUUAAAUGAAAGCAAAACAAAAGAGAAGCCAAAAGUAACACAGUUGCUGUGGUCUGGAGCCCUUCUGACCAACAGUGUGGCCUAAGCUAAAAUGGAGAUAGCCCAUCCCACAAAUACAUGCACUUCAAAUUCAAAGGAGUAAUGUAGACAUUAUUUUCAUUUAAAAGAUAAGGAAUCAGUAUCUUAAAAAGGUUUAAACAAUUUGCCGAGAUCUCAGUUAGUGGUGAAAUCAGGAUUAAAAUUCAGGUCUGUCUGAUUGGAAGAUUGGUUUGGUUACCUUAGUGCUAAAACAUUUGAUAUACAUAAAGCCAUUUUUAGUGAAAGAAAAUUAAAAUUUAAGAAAUUUAUAUUCUUAAUUUGAGACUGAAAACUGAUACAGAACUAAAAAAUUCAGCAUUUAAAAAUAGUGCGAAGUCACUUCAGAGUUUCUGUUUUAGUACCAGGAUCUUUUAUGCCCUCUGUAUCUCUUCAGAUUCUGACUUUGUGAAUGUCCCUCUUUGGAGACACAAACACUUUAAUGAACAUCUGUCUCUCAAGGCGGUAUUUAAUCCUUCUUCCUUGGGGCAGAGUAUAGGCUACUGAAAUAAAUUCAACUCAUCUCACUUAGGCCUCAGCCACUUAAAUUCCCUAUUGUACCAAUUGACCUAGUCCUGGAGUGCAGCAGCCCUGGGAACUUGUGAACCCAUUCACACAGGUCUCUGUCAAAUGUGCCGCUUUCUCAAGCGGUUUUUUGCUUCUAUGAUGUCUACCUUGAACUUUUUGCAAAGUAUAUUCCUAGCAUUUCUUCCAGACUUAAGUGGCAUGCCCUGUAUAGUCAAUUCUGUAUUUUUAGUAGCUUUGAAACAUUUUUGUUCAUUAAAAUAAAAGCCACAGAUUAGUGUAGGUGGUAAUUAAAAGUUGGUACUUUUUGUCCAAUACUUUUCCCUGCCCAUGCACCAUUGAGAAGCGUGGGAGAAGAUUGCUUGGGAAAUUACUAUCACAAAGUAUAUUUUAAAAUGGCUAAUUAUAAACAGUUUCUCCUCUUUUUGUAUCACUUAGGGUUGAAAUAAGGCAGAGAGGUAACUCAAUUUAGUUCAAAAGCCAUUUUCUAAAUGAGAGGAAUUAGCUGAGAACUGUUACAUUAAUAGACACUGCCAGUGGCUGUAUUCUGCAUACAAAACACUUGUUCAUGUUUUCCUUGACCUCCUUUGAUUGUGCCCAGCACUAAGUGUAUACUGAAUGGGUUCAGUCUGGUCUUUGGCAAGCAUCAGGGAGUAAUGAAUAGUGGAACAUAGAAAGGCUUAAAUGUCCUGGCACAGGCCCUGUGUCAGUAUGAUGCACUAACCACAGCAUUGUUCAAUGAGAAGGCCCUGUGUUCCUUUGGAAAUAAAAUCUUGGCUUGUGGACAGAGGUCUAUGUACACACAUUGAAUUUCUCUGUCUUCCGGCUAUGCUAUUCCAUUCAUAAUUAAACUUUGAAAGCAAAGUUCUGAAGAGGUUCUUCAAUGAGCCUCUCCUCUGAGUAUGCCCAGAAACAAGUGGCUGAUGUAAAAAUGGCAUAGCCCUACUCUUAUUUGGGAGCUCUCUGAAAUUUAAGUCCAAAGACUUGAAGAACAAACUCUUUAAGCUGGAGAGCAGUGUAGACAUUCACUGUUUUUCCCCCAAAAGGUCUUCCCUCUGAAAGCUAUGGUAAUCACAGAUUUUUGCUGCAGAAUUUCUGAUGUUCCGAUCUUUUAUGUUUACAGCUCCAUCUGUAUUUGUAGUGAAAUGUCUAAAUUUGUCUCAGUACAUCUCAAUUCCAAGAAUGAAUUGAUCUUCUUAUGAGCAGUUUCCCCUUGAAAACAAAGAAAGGAAGGAAAACUAGGCUCUAGAGAUGGUUAAAGCUAUGACAUUAUAACUUGCCUUUUCUUUCUAAUUUUUAUUCUUAAAAUUGUAUAGUCAGAGUCUGCCAGAAAGUACCUAAAGAAGCCAGGAAUAUUUGGGUAAUAGCAAUGUAUGCUGUUGAUAUUGUAAAUUAUCAAGAAGAGUCUCCUAGGAGUCCUUCUAAAGCAUAUUUUAAUUUUGUGUUAUAAAACCAGCCGCCUGGUUAGGGUAUAAGCAGUUAAAUAAAACCAUCAAGAACCUGCAUUAUGCAAGUAUUUUAAAUCUGAAGAUGUUUUAGAACUACUUAUAGAACUACUUAGAUAAUAACAACACAAUUUCUGGGAUUUGCUUAAAGACAGUUUGAUGCAAGGAUGAGUAGGUCAGCAUACAAAGGAAGUAAGAUUAGCCAUGAAUUCAUUGUUGACCUGGGUAAUGCAUACAUGCAAAUUCUUAUACUAUUCCCUCUACUUUUUAGAUGUUGGAAAUUUUUCAUAAUUAAAAGUUAAAAACUUUUUUAGAUGGUUCAGAAUGAUGGUUUCAUAGGAUGAAAUGUUUUCUUGCUAAAGUAACACAGUGCAAAGAUCUAAGCUACUUUAUAAUCUUAAAAAAUUUGUAUGCUAUACAAAUAAUACAAUUGUAAAGAAUCUAUUUUUACUUCAGUGAUUGCAUUUAGAAUGCUAGCAGUGAAUAUGGUUCUAAAAACCAUAGUAUAAAUCGUUUGAUUCCUGAAAUGCUUAGGUCAUUGAGAUAAUUGGGAUAGUUUAAUUAAUUUUGAAUAUAGGUUAUUCACAGGUAAACAAUACUAAAAGCAUUACUAUUUUGGAAUACAUAGCAGUAAACCCAUACUAGACAAUCUAAUUUCUGUGAGAUGAUCAAGAAAAUGGUUGUAUUCUUAUGGUUGCGAUUUUUCAUACCUUUGUGGUGUUGGAAACAUUUUGAUUAAUAAACUGUCAGUUAAGAGAAUGAAAGAUGAUGAAGAAGUUAAGAAUAUGCCAUCCUCAGACAUGCCAUUCUAGCAUAUUAACUAUUUUGAGGUAAAGACACUUGAUAAACAGCAGGAGCAAGAAGGUCAUUCUGACCUUCCUUCUGUUUCUUAAAAGCAGGGGGUGAAAUUUCCAUGUGAAAGAUGUCCUUCCUCCCUAUACCAGAAGGAAAGUAUCAUUCAUAUCUAGGGUGGUAAGUUGAGCCCAAGGAAAACUGUACAAACAGACAUGAAACUUUCUCUUCCUAUCCCUUCUCUACCGAAAAGACUCUAGCCCAAGCCUCUUUGCCUUGCCACAUUUCCACAGUUUACUGCUUUUUGUCUAAAUUUGUCUAAUGAUUUGUCUAUAAAUCAGUAUCUAAAUGUUCAGCUCUUAACUGCAUCUUUGGGUCUUCAUUUCCCUAUGAGAUCUCCUGUGCCAUGUAAAACUUAUAUUAAAUUAAUGUGUUUGCUUUUCUCUUGUUGAUCUGUCUUUGGUUGGUUUAAUUCUCAGGCCUAGCCUAAACAAACUAAGAGGACAGAGGCAAAAUACUGACCCCCUACAGUGUUCUGUGUACCCAAAGUAACAGAUAAAUAUAAACAUAUAUCUACUUAUAUAAUAAGCUGUUUUAUACUUUAUUUCUCAUUGGCUUAGUUCAACCAUUAUUGAUCAAUUGUAUUAAAGUUCAGAUUUUUAAAAAACUAUAGUUAUAAUAUUGCUUAGUUGGGGGGUGAUUAUAUCUUGGUGGAUUCCCACUGGGAAAGCUUUACUCUAAUGAGGCUACUCAUGAUAGUAUUCCAAGAAAUGGAAAUAUCAAGUAGUUGCUGGUGACUAUUGAGUAAGUAGGAUGAAUCUUUAAUGACUCUGCUCUUAUCUAUUGCUACUCUUAGUAUUUUCUUGAACAUAGCAAUUCAGAGCCUAAGUAACUGAUCAUAUAUUCUCUGAAGAAUGCUACAAUUUAUCCAUUAAGUUAUUAAUGAUGAUAAACAUGAUAUAAACAUGUAAACAUGUUAUAUUCAUGUUUACAGUCAUUUACUUGUGCCACAUGAAAAAAAUUACAUUGUUUUGUUCAGCUUCCAUUCCAUUUGAGAAAUAUUUUUUAAAUACUGGUUUUUGGCCGGGUGUGGUGGCUCACGCCUAUAAUCCCAGCACUUUGGGAGGCCAAGGCAGGUGGAUCACGAGGUCAAGAGAUUGAGACCAUCCUGGUCAACGAGGUGAAACACCAUCCCUACUAAAAAUACAAAAAUUAGCUGGGCAUGAUGGUGUGUGCCUGUAGUCCCAGCUACUCAGGAGGCUGAGGCAGGAGAAUUGCUUGAACUGAGAAGGUGGAGGUUGCAGUGAGCCGAGAUCGUGCCAUUGCACUCCAGCCUGGGUAACAACAGCGAAACUCCAUCUCAAAAAAAAAAACAAAACUGGUUUUUGUGGCAAGUUGACCCAACAAGUUAAUAGGAGGUGAAUCAAAGCCUUUAUUUAUUUGUUUUCAGAUGGGGUCUCACUCUGUGGCUCAGGCUGGAGUACAGUGGCAUGAUCAUGGCUCACUGCAGCCUUGACCACCUGAGUUCAAGCUACCCUUCAUUAAGAAAUCAAAUCCUUCAUUAAGAAAAAAUAUACCCUGUGAUUCAUAGACUGUGCAGAUAGACAUGAAAGUCAUAUUUGCAAUAUGUGAUAGCCCAGAUUAGAUUUUUGUUUUUUUCAGAAUACUAUCAUCAGAUAUUUAUUGAAGUUUUGCUGAAGUCUGUGUUUUCAUCCAUCUGAUCAUACACUUGUCCGUUUGUUCAUUCAAUAUUCAUUUAGUGUGUACUAUGAGCUUCUUCUAGGAGAUGUAGUGGUGAAUAAUAGACAAGUUUUCUGCAGUCAUGGAGCUUAUGUUAUAGGGAUUAUGGACAGAUAGAUAAGAAACAUGUUAGUAGAAAAUGUUGUUCAGAGAAUUAUGGUAGCAUGAUGUUAUGGAAAGAGAUGGUAGGUGGUCAGGGAAGACAUCUCUGAAUAUAUAAUCUUUAAGCUGAGAUCUGAAUAUUGACAAAGAGUCAGUCAUACAAAAAUGAAUUGCUUAGUUCUUUUGUUAAACACUAGAAUGUUAGAGCUAUGUACAACUUUCAUAGUGUCAGGCUUUUGUCCAAAUUAUAUAUAUGUAUUAAUCCAUUUUCACACUGCUGUAAAGAUACUGCCUGAGCCUGGGUAAUUUAUAAACCAAGAAAGUUUAAUUGACCCACAGUUCCACGUGGCUGGGUGGCUGGGGAGGCCUCAGGAAACUUUCAGUUAUGGCAGAAGGUGAAGCAGGCACGUUUUUCACAAGGCAGCAAGAGAGGGAGAGAGAGAGAGAGAGUGAAUGCAGAGUGAAACUGCCAUUUAUUAAACCAACAGAUCUCAUGAGAACUCAUUCACUAUCACAAAAACAGCAUAGGAGAAACUGCCCCUAUAUAGGAUUCAGUCAUCUCCCACCAGACCCCUCUCUUGACACCUUGGGAUUACAAUUGGGAGAUGAGAUUUGGGUGGGGACACAAAGCCAGACUAUAUCAAUAUAUGUAUAACCCUAGUUCUACUAGACCCAUCAGUAAACUAGUUAAAUGUCCCCCACAGGUGCCUUUAAAUCUGUACUGCUCUUUCAUUCAUCAACACGCUAUAAGAGCUUUUUAACUUCCAGUGCGAAGCCCAAAGCAGGAUGCUUAAGUUUGACAUACUUCUCUUGCCUUUCAUUUAUUGUUCUGAGGCCUGCCUGCCCUAACCCAGAGCUUCAUCUCAUUGCUCAGACAGCUCCUUAUUUCUUGAUCCUUUUCCUUCCAUACUCACUGGCCAUCCAGGCACAUUUGUUGCAUACAUCCUAUACCACACAAAUAAGAAAAGCUGAUUUUGUUGUUUAUGUCUGCUUAAUGCCAAAUUCUUGUUCUUCUGGAGUUUACUUCUGGAUAAUAUGAUUCAUCCUAAGCUGAGCCAGUGAGUGCAAGAAAGUUUGACUAUGUUCUCCUUCUCUGUGUCCCAUUACACUUUCCCUUGCUUGUCAAUCAUAUUUUCUCACUCCAGGGUAACAUAAGCACAUAUUCCAGUGGUCUUUUGAGGCAUCUCCAAUACAUUUGGUAUUAAUUUUGAACUGCCACCAAAGACAUUAUGGAGAAAAUGGGCCUAGUGACACUAAGAUCAUCCUAUGUGGGUAACUGCCUAAAUUAAGAGCUGUUCCUGCUCAUGUCUGAAAAACACUGUAUUUUCUAUUUGCACAGGAUCAGUGUUAUUGAUAAUGAAUUAAUGGCUUCUUACUGAGAUGAAAAAUCGUUUUGCUAAUCCUCCAUAUGUGGACUCUUCAGGCCUAAAUAGCCACAUCAGUACAUAGGCAAAGGAUAACUAACAUUUAUGAACAAAAUCAGAAUAUUUUGUGUUGCAAUAAUCAUUCAUGUUUUUUUGGACUCCUUAGCUUUAUGGAAUUGCAAACAAGAGUAACAGUUUUAAAAUACUGAAUCUAUAUCUAGGAAAAUAACUAGAUUGAUAUGUUAAUCAUGUUGUUUAAACAGAUUCAGAGCAGUUUUAGCUCCUUAGAAUUUUAAACUUUUAAAAAACAAUUUUAUCUAUAUAUUUAGAAGUUGUGUUUUGGCAUAUAGAGUAUGUUUAUGUUUUUCAAUGAUUUUACCUGUCUGGGAAAUAGAUUUAUCUGUUUUUCUUUUUUUGAGAAGACAGUUCUUUCCAUAAAAUUUCCUAGUUCUUUUCAAACAAUUGAAUUUGUGUCAUUUUGUUCUGGCAUCUGACUUAAAAGGUGAGAACUCUAUGAAUGAUGCCAUUUAUCAUAUUAGUUCUUAGUAUGAAUAAAAUAUAAGUAAAUUUUCCAUUUAUUGCCUCUUGUCUAAUAAUAAAAUUGCUAAAUUGCAAUAAUGGAUUCCUAACACAUUAUAUGUUCCUAAUACACUAAAUAUUAAGAGUUGUUGAAGAAUCAAAAACUUAUCUAAAUUGUCAAUAGAUUAUCAAAACAGAUGCUAGAUAACAUUUUGUUAAUUUAUUUGAUUAGCUACUCACUGAUCUACCCUAUACAGUAUAUAAGAUUAGGACUAGAAGACAAUUCUUCAACAAUUUCUUUGUUAAUAGCUUACUAAAAUACUUUAUUUAAAUUUAUUUAGAUUGAGUUUUUCCACACAGUGGGCAUAAAUACCAAGCCCUCUCUUUCUUCCUAAGUGUGGUAAAGGUUAAAUAAAUACCACAUAUUAAGCGAGAAAGCAUCUGAGGUUCCCACUGAUAUCUAUUCUCAGUUCUUUCUUUAUUUUCAUACUGUAGGUAAACAAUUGUUUUUUACCAUUUGAUGGUAUUUAUAAAAGUUGAUUUAGGACGUUUAGAAGUAGAAUUCUGGUGGACACAUGGAAAAUGCUAACUAUUAAUAGGAAGAAAAAUUCAUGAACCCCCCCAAAUGUAAAUAUAUUACAUGUUAUGAUUUUUAAAUGAAUGUUAUAAAUGGCUUAUUGGCUUUUUAAGAGGACUCAACUUCUAUACAAAGGAGAAGAGCUAAAUAUAUCACUUAUCAUAUUUGGCCAGAGAAGCAAAUUUUUUCCUCAGUGUGAUGAUUGCUUUCCUACCAAUUUUGAAAUGCUCUGAUAAAAUGCAUAAGAAAUAGGCUUGCCAAGAUAACAUUAAGUUGAUUUUUCAUAGACGGUUACUCAUUUAUUUUUUUGCAUCCUUGUUCCUGUCAAUUUUGAUAUAACCUUUCAAAAUUUCGGCUCUUAAAGUCAUUUUUAUUUUUGCUUCAGCCUCCAUGAGAUUCCGAAUCAUAGUAAAUAAUGUAAUAAUUAGUCCCAGAAAUGGUUUAGACAAUAACAUUUUUAGAGCAGACUAUGAGGGCCCUUUGCAGAUUUUGAAAGGAUCUAUUUCAAUUACAAAAAGACCUUUCUUUCAUAAAAUAGUAGGAGCACAUUUCCAACCUUAUAUUAUUUGUCCACAGACCUGUUUUUAUACAUGAAUGGGGAACUUGUAAAUGUUGUUCAUGUGGAUGAGUAGGAUGACAUUUAAAAAUAGCUUCAGUAUUCUUUAAAUAUAUUGAAGAGAGAUGGAAUGAAUGUGAAUAGAAAAAAGUUUUCUGGAUUUCUUCUCCAAAUAAUGCAAAAUUGUUACACAGUGUUAGACACUUGUCCUGCUGGCAUUUGUAUGAAGGAUCGCCAAGUAAUCACCCCUCCUUUGUAUGCCAGAGUUUGAACAAGUUUCUGGACAUAAGAUAUACAGAGAUACGUUAUUAAUUUCAUCCUUUUUAUCAGAAUGAUGAUUUUAUAAUUUGUGCAGAAGAGCUUUUCCCUCAUGUUCUACAUUUGCUUUUUAUUAACUGAAUGGUCAAGAGAGCUUAAUUUGCACAAAACAAUGACUGAAUAAAGCACAUGCUACUGUGAACUGUAGACUGUGUUUUGUGCCUGUGUUCUAGUAAAGUAACCAUUUAAAGUUGAAGAGCCCAAGGCUUUUUAACUGUUCAGCCUUCAGAGACCAUACCAUGCAGAGGUACAGAUUUUGAUUUUUAAUCCAUAGACUUUAUGCUAUUAUUUUAGAACAGGUGAUCAAGAAACUACAAAGGGGAGUACAGACAUCUAAAAUUAAGGCUUACAGAUGUGUUUUCAAGCUCCAACAUCCUGAAUCUGUGGUUUUCCAAGUAUUUAAUGACUUUGAUUUUUAAAAAUCACACUGUUUCUUUCUACAUUAUCAUACAUUUACAUUACAUCUUGAAAUAAAUUUAGACAUUAGAAUAAAACAUAGACACCCCACUGAGUUAAAGAUUUUAAAUCUUAUUCUAUUGUACUUACCCUUAGACAGAUCCACCCACUUAACUCUGAGGUCUGCAUAUAAUAUUCACCGAUAUAAAUGCAACAAGAUUACUAAAUCAGAAGAUGUUAAAAACUGUCGGUGUAGGAUUGUGAACUUGAAUAGGUAGAAAAGGAAAUUCUUCUAAGACAGUAAACACUGUAUGAUUAAAUAUUUUUUCAUUGGUGACCAUUAGGGAAUAUAUAGUAGUGAAAAUUACCUUUUCAGCUUUUCAAGAUGAGUUUCUGAUUAGAAAUUCAAAGGAAAUCUUCUUUGGUAAUCAUUUUAAUGCUCCACAUCAGUGAAGUCAACUUUGCUUCCUCAUAAAGUUUUGUUUUUCAUUGGUAAUUUACUAAUAAAAUGCAGUGAGGGGUGGUGCAGGACUGUGUUUUCUAAUAGAACUCAAGGGGGCAGUAGUUCCAGGGGAAGAUAAACUGCACUAAACUACUCAUUUUUGUUUUUUUAAAGUAGAUUAAAAUUUUUAGUGGGAACAUUAUAACAGUUAUGGCAUGUAAAAUACAGAAAAUGGCAUUUUUCAAUAGUAAACUAAUUACUGGUUUUGUUAAUAAAUUAUAAAAAUUGAAUUUUAAUUUACUCUCUGGAAGGGUGAUUGGAAAUAUGCAUGAUGCAUCUAUGGGGAGAGGGCUAGUGUGGUGAAAAAAGGGGUCUGCAUAUGUAUAAAGUUAAAAUAUUAAUUGUUAAAUUUUGUUAUUGGUCUAAGUGAAUGGUUUAGAAGAAUGUUUUAUUCUCCCUCUCUAUUGACAAUUUUCUGUAUAGUUAUUUCACACAUUGAUUAUAUGUUUAUAUUACAUGGGAAUCAAAGAGAGUAUACCAUAUGCAGUGUCUCUAUUCAUAGUCCUUUCCUUAAAACAAAAGAAGAAUAUCAAAAUUCUCAAAAUAUGUCAUACAUCUUAACAGUAUGCACAAAUUCAGUAGUUACUCCUUAUUUUCAUUCUGUUCCCUUUGGGAAAUACUCAUCCCUCAGGUGUGAUUGAAAAGGGCUGCCUGUGUACUUAUAUCGGGGAAAGCAUUUAAUGAGACCUAUAAAUGAUUCUUGGCAAUAGAAAGAAAACAACUACAAAUUUUGUAAAUUCCAUAUUUACAAAAAAGAUGCACCCACUUGCCAGGCACAGUGGCUCGUGUCUGUAAUCCCAGCAGUUUGGGAGACUAAGGUGGGCAGAUUGCUUGAGCUCAGGAGUUUGAGAUCAGCCUGGACAACAUGGUGAAAGUCCGUGUCUCUUAAAACUUCACAAAUUAGCCAGGUAUGGUGGCACGUACCUGUAAUUCCAACUAUUUGGGAGGCUGGGAAUCAUCUGAGCCCAGGAAGUCAAGGCUGUGACCCAUGAUCACACCACUGCACUCCAGCCUAGGCAACAGGACUGAGACCCUGCCUCAAAAAAAAAAAAACAUUUAGCAGCUCCAGCUUCACUCUCUCAUUUCUGAAGGCCAAGUGUUAUCUACUCUCAUUAUAUCCAACUUUCUCCUAAAUGCUAAGGGUCAUUUGAAAAAGUCCGGACUUCCACUGGUCCAGCAUACUAGGAGAAGGCUUCAUAGAGCUUCUCUGUUCUUAAAUUGCAACAAUGACACUAGUUAAUUUUUGGUGGUGCAGUCCAAUAAGUUUUAGUAUGUAAAGUAGUACUUUUCUCAGCCUGGCAGAUUACAGGACAGUCCCAAAGCUAAUGCCAGAAAAUAAACAGAUACUGUGUUGACCAGGCAGAGGUGUAUGACACCUAAAUUAACAAAGAAAACAUGUUGUGAUAGAUUAUUUUACUGUUACUAAAACUAAAUAUUUUGUAUUGAUAUCCAUGUAUUAUUAUAAUCUGCAACAUAAUGUUAAGAUUAGAGCAUACUAAAAAUUUAGGGGAAUUCCUAUAUGUACCUCACUUUCAGUGAAAUGCAUUUAAGCAAAAUGCAGAUUUAAGGAAUUCACAAAUUAAGUUAAAAAUUCACUCUGUAAGUAGCAGUUCAUUUCCUAGGGUCCUGCUGUACUAACCUUGUUUUAGGGGAGUGAAUAGGGUGUUUUGUGUGUAAGAAGUAGGGGGAAAGUAUAAGCCCUGAUUCCCAUUCUCAAGAAACGUAUUUAACAACCUACUUAGAGAAAAAGUAAGGUUUGUAUAAAACAAACAGCAGAGAAGCAAAUAAUAAUAAGAAACCUGCAAUAAAGUGCCCAAGUGGGUAGUGUAUUAAAGGAAAAAGUAAAAGCAGACCUCCCUUUCCAAAUCAAAGUAUAUGCAAAACACCAACACAGAAAAUGGAGAAAUGUGAUUUUUUAUUACUAUAAUUUUGUCAUACAAGGUCAAAUGUAUAUAACAUUUACUCAAAGCAUUCAAAAAAAUGAGGCCAUUUAAAUAAGUAGCAAAGGGACUGAUCUGUGGGAAGGACUCAAUAAAUGUUAAAUACUGUUAUUGGUAUAAGUUAUAUAUUAUGUGCUUUGAAUAGCCGUGGCAAUACUCUAUUAGCCUCAGCUUUCAGUUUGUUUCUGUAUUUUGUUCAGGCUGCACAUUGUAGAGACGAAUUUUGACAUGGUGAGGUUUUGUUUGGUGGUAACAGCUUGCUCUGCUAACAUCACAUUGGGAUAGUCUUCAGUUAAAUCAAGAGGUCAAGAAAAGAGUUUCUUUCAACCAGCACCCUCUUGCACACCCAACAGAAGAAACAACAAGAACAACAAAAAAAAAAACCUUAGUGGCACAAGUUAAAUUGGUUAUUUUAGUAAACAAAAAUAGGUAAUAGUGACUGUGUGUUUUGUAUUCAUGUUAAACCUAUAAAAUACAACCAGGCAUAUGAAAACCCCUUAUAAUAUCCUGAUGAAAAACUAACUUUUCAGUGGGACAUGGUGGCUCACGCCUGUAAUCCUAGCACUUUGGGAGGCCAAGAAGGGUGAAUUACCUGAGGUCAGGAGUUUGAGACCAGCCUGGUGAAACCCAGUCUCUACCAAUUGUACACAAAUUAGCAGGGUGGGCAUGGUGGCUCCUGCCUAUAAUCCCAGCUACUCAGGAGGUUGAGGCAGGAGAAUCACUUAAACCCGGGAGAUGGAAGUUGCAGUGAGCCGAAAUUGCGCCAUUGCACUCCAGCCUUGGCAACAAGAGAGAAACUCAGUCUCAAACAGAAACAACAACAACAACAGCAAAAGGCUAACUUUCCAAGGUAUGUGCUCUGAGAAACCCCAAUAAGUCUUGUAAGACAGGGAGUCAACAGACCACGUAGUCCAUAGGCCAAAUCUGGCCAACAUCUGUUUUUGUAUGGCCCACAUGCUGAGACUGACUUUUGUAUUUUCAGAGAUUGAAACACAUUUUUAAAAAAGAAAGAAUUUAUUAUGAUGUGAAAAAUAUAUGGAAUUCUAGUUAAUUAUCUAUAAAUUAAAUUUUAUUGGAACACAGCCAUGUUCAUUCACUUACAUAUUGUCUGUGAAUGGUUUCCUGCUAGAGUGGCUGAGCAUAGUAGUUUUGAUAGAUUCCACAUAGCCUGCAAAGCCUCUUAUUUACUAUCAAGCCCUUUACAGAAAAAGUUUGCCAAUCCCUUCCAUAAGAAAUAUUAAGGUGGAAAAAGAGGGGACCAUUAAAUGCUGAAGCCAGGGAAGGCAUCGUGAAAGAGUUGGUCUUGACUCAGACUAUUUGGAUGGACAAAGGAAGGUCCAAACAAUGAAGGAAAAUACAGGAGAGAAAAUGUAGAAGACUAAGGGUGAAUGGCUCGCAUUUGGUACACCAUAAUCAAAUUCCUACAUGUGAUUUUUUUUAAAGAUGUCAAUAAUUUGUCAAAACAGGAGAUUUUAUCUACUUACAUUAUUUAAUGAUGACACAUGUUACUAAUAGUUUCUUUAUGUUAUGAUCAAGCUUAUUAAAACAUUGUACUUUGGCUGGGCAUGGUGGCUCACACCUGUAAUCCCAGAACUUUGGGAGGCCAAGGCAGGUAGAUUGCUUGAGCUCAGGAGUUCAAGAUCAGCCUGGGCCAACAUGGUUAAACCCCGUUUCUACAAAAAAAAGUGCAAAAAUUAUCUCAUAUCGUGGCACGCGCCUGUAGUCCCAGCUCCUUGGGAGGCUGAGGUGGGAAGAUCUCUUGAGCCCGGGACGUUGAGGCUGCAGUGAACUGUUUGUGCCACUGUACUCCACCCUGGGUGACAAAAUGAGACCCUGUCUCAAUACAAAACAAAAACAACAACAAAAACAAAAACAUUCUACUUAUAUUUAUUAACUCUUUGGUCAUUCUUUUAUUGGGGGCAGGGGGGAAGGAGUUUCGCUCUUGUUACCCAGGCUGGAGUGCAAUGGCGCAAUCUCGGCUCACCGCAACCUCCGCCUCCUGGGUUCAGGCAAUUCUCCUGCCUCAGCCUCCUGAGUAGCUGGGAUUACAGGCACGCGCCACCAUGCCCAGCUAAUUUUUUGUAUUUUUAGUAGAGACGGGGUUUCACCAUGUUGACCAGGAUGGUCUUGAUCUCUUGACCUCAUGAUCCACCCGCCUCGGCCUCCCAAAGUGCUGGGCAUUCUUUUAACAAAUAUCUCUUGAGUGCCUAUUGUGUACGAGGCAGUUUGUCAGGAACCUCAGUUGCAAUGAUGAGCAAAACAAAAACUAAACAAGGGCAAAAAGGCUAUGAGUCCCAGCCAUUUUAGGAGCUUACAGUCUAUGGGGAAGAAGAAGGUUUCUCAAAUAAUCACAAACAAAUAAAACAUUUUCCUGCGGUCGGGCGCUGUGGCUCAAUCCUGUAAUCACAGCACUUCGGGAGGCUGAGGCGGGUGGAUCACGAGGUCAAGAGAUCGAGACCAUCCUGGUCAACAUGUUGAAACCCCGUCUCUACUAAAAAUACAAAAAAUUAGCUGGGCAUGGUGGCGCGUGCCUGUAAUCCCAGCUACUCAGGAGGCUGAGGCAGGAGAAUUGCCUGAACCCAGGAGGCGGAGGUUGCAGUGAGCCGAGAUCGCGCCAUUGUACUCCAGCCUGGGUAACAAGAGCUAAACUCCGUCUCAAAAAAAAAAAAAUUUUUUCCUAGGAAAGCCUGUAGUUGACGUCAAGGAUCUGAGCAUAUAUUAAGUAGGUCCAGAACUGGAGGACCAUGAGAAUCUUCCCUGAGGAGGUAGAGAUUAAGCUGAGAUUUAAGGAAGAAGCAGGGGUUAUUGUGGUGAUGGGUAUGGGAGAGUGGUGAGCAUUUGAGUCAGAAGGAAUACAGGUGCUAAGGGUCCAUGGUAGGAGUAACAGUGAAAAUCGGCUCCUGUGGCAAGGUACAGGGAAAAGGAAGAGCUUAGUGCUGAUGGAAAUUGAGGCAAAAACCAGGAGAUGCAGUGCAUUGUAGCCACAUUAAGAUUUUUUAUCUUUACCCCAAGAGCAGCAGAUUUCAUUGAAAUGUUUUAAACAAGGGGCACAAAUUUUAACUGGCCCACUAGACAAGUUAGAAGGUCAUUGCAGUCUAAGUGAGAGAUGAGAGCAUUUUGUUUUAUGAUAGAGCCUGUAGGGAUAGGGAAAAAUGUAUUGUGAAUAGUGUUCAGAAUACAUUUUGGAGGCUGUACCAACAUAACUUGAUGGAUUUGAAUAUGGGGAGACAGUGAAGGAAAGAGGGAUUUUACCUAAGACUAUUUGGUUUUGGUUUUUCAUGACAGGAUGAAUAGGAGCACCAUUCUCUGAGAUAGGCAACUUGGGAGGAGGGCUGUCAAAAGUUCACUCUUUGGCAGGUGGAAUUUGAGGUGCCUUUGAGGCAUUCAUUUGAAAUGUUAUGUAAGUAAUCUGUGUAUAAGUUGAUUAUGCAUAUCUGUGUAUCAGUGAUCUGUGGAUAAGUGCUGCUUUAGAGCCAGGAGUAUGGCUGAGAACACCAGAGAUUGCUAAUAGAGUGAGAAGGGAGAAAGCAUUCUUUUUUUUUUUUGAAACAAAGCCUCACUCUGUCACCCAGGCUUGAGUGCAUUGGUACGAUCUCGGCUCACUGCAACCUCCACCUCCCAGGUUCAAAUGAUUCUUCUGCCUCAGCUUCCUGAGUAGCUGGGACCACAGGCGCCUGCCCCCAUGCUCGGCUGAGUUUUUGUAUUUUUAGUAGAGACAGAGUUUCACUGUGUUAGCGAGAAUGGUCUCGAUGUAUUGACGUUGUUAUCCACCUGCCUCAGCCUCCCAAAGUUUUGGUUUUACAGGCAUGAGUCUGGAAAGUAUAUCGAGGAGAAGCAGAAAAAUGGGAAUAAAACUAGAAAAGUAUAGUGUGGUAGAAGUCAAAGAAGAGAAGUGUCAAGGGAAUGAUAAUGCUUUAGAAAAGUCAACAGAAAGAGAUUGAUGAAUGUCCAUGGAUUUUGUGAAAUCAAUGUCUUUGGUGACCAGAGUAAGAAAUGUUUCAAUGAGGCAGUGAGACUAGAAUCCCUAAAUCAUUGUUUUAUCAAAGUUAUUUAUACUUUUAAAUAUAUUAGUUGUAAAGAAAACCUAAAGAAAGGUCCCAGGCGUAAUCUUUCUAUUGUUCAGUUGAUCUCCAACUUUACAAUGGCAGUUAAUUAAAAAUCGAUUCACUUAAAAGAAAUUUGCUUCACAGCAAAUUUUGACUGAAGACAUCUAUUUCCCAUCACCUAAAUACUUAAAUCUUACCCAGAUUGGCCAGGCGCAGUGGCUCACGCCUGUAAUCCCAGCACUUUGGGAGGCCGAGGCAGGUGGAUCACAAGGUCAAGAGAUCGAGACCAUUCUGGUCAACAUGGUGAAACCCCGUCUCUACUAAAAAUACAAAAAAUUAGCUGGACAUGCUGGCACAUGCCUGUAAUCCCAGCUACUCAGGAGGCUGAGGCAGGAGAAUUGCCUGAACCCAGGAGGCGGAGGUUGCGGUGAGCCGAGAUCGUGCCAUUGCACUCCAGCCUGGGUAACAAGAGCAAAACUCCGUCUCAAAAAAAAAAAGAAAAAAGCAAAACUGGUGACUCAUGAGAAAUACAUCCACAAAGGCCUUUUCAAUUUUAAGUAGGUUUUCAGCAAACUUAAUUAUAUUACAUCAAUUUAUUAAAUAAUGCCUUUCUGCCUCACCAAGAUUAGUUCUGUAUGUGGCUAUAAGGAAGGUUGAAAAGGGAAGGAUGGGGCAUAUUGUUUGUUUACAUGUGGCUUCUCAUAUGUAUUUAAUUGCUUUUCUUCUGCUUUCUUUUUUUUUAUAAUGUGAAAGUGUGUUAUAAUGUGAAAGUGUGUUAUAAUGUGAAAAAGGGCAGAGAUUGUAUGUUACUGUUGGAUUCUUCAGAAGCAGGCACUGAGAUGGAGAUUGGGGUAUAAGAUGUUUACUAGGGAUCAACUUCCAUAAAAGAAAGUAUGAAGGAAGAAGGAUUGAACAGAGGUAAAAUUCAAACUGUGAUGCAGUCACAGAGAUGCUUUGGCCAACCCAACAGGAACGCUCAAGCAAGUUUUCCCUGUUGGAGUGUCCUGCUUUGGGUUGACCUGGAUGAGUGUUUAUGUCCCCCCUCACUCAGUGGCUGUUGCAGGCUGCUGUUUGGAAGAUGCUGGCUGCCGCCCCACCCAGUAGUUGGCUGCAAGUCCUUAUUUGAAGAGGAAUCUGAGCAGUGCAUCUGUCUCUACCAUAGCAUAUUGUAAUCUUCACAUAAUUGAAUUGAAUACUUGUAUACAUAUAAAUUGGUUUGGAUCUUUUAAAAGCAACAACUUGCACUUACCCAGUCAAGGACUUAAUAGGCUCAUGUGAACAGAGGCCCAGGGGUUUGGUAGGCUUCAGAAUUUCCUUAAUCCGUCAGCUCCAGCUCCAUUCGCCAGAGUGUUCUGGACGUUGUCCUGUUCAGUGCUUGGACAGUGUAUGUCCUAUUCAGUGUGCUUUUGCUGCAGCCAACCUUUCUGGUAGUAGCAAGGUGACUAAGGCCCCACAUCUGCAUACCAUCAAGUCCAGGAGAGGAAAGACCAUCUGAUGAUAUGCCACUGUAGAGGUGAAAGGGGGUGAUACCUUUCCUCACGCAUUAUAAGGGUCAUAGCCAACAUUCCUAUAAAACAAGACAGGUUAGCAAGAAAAAAAACAAAUUUAUUUAAUCAGAGUUUUAUGUGACAUGGAGCCUUCAGAAAUCAAGACCCACAGACUCAGAAAAACUGUUUAUUUUUUAUGCUUAGGUUUGAUGAAGGAUAGACAGCUGUGUUGAAAUGUGAUUGGAUAAAAGGCUACAAUUGAAUGUAAUAGAUGGGAGGGUGGGUGGACCCACCAAAGCCUGUCUGUUUAAAUUUUUUCCGGCCUCUUUGUGUAUCAUUUCUUCUUUCUAAUUAUGGGGCAGGACUUCUCUGGAAUGAGGAUCUUUAAGGGAGAAGAAAGAGAGUGACCUUUCUAGGUUUUAUGGCUUGCUCUGGGGUUGAGGAAUUCAGUUUCUAUGAUCUUCCAUGGUGGAAAGAAAUUCUGAUUUCUAUGAAUAACUUUGAUAGGGUAGAAAAAGGGGCAGGAGAUAUGAGAAAGACCUUGCUUCCAAGGCUCUUCCAAUGUUCUGUAUUGUUGUUGUUAUCAAGACAAGGUCUCAGUGUGUCAUCCAGGAUGGAGUGCAGUGACACAAUCUCUGAUAACUGCAGCCAUUGCCUCUCGGUCUCAAGAGAUCCUCCCAUCUCAGCUUCCUAGUAGCUGGGACUACAGUGCAUGCCAUUACACCCAGCUAAAUUUUUUUGUACUUUUUGUAGAGACUGGGUUUUGCCAUGUUGCCCAGGCUGGUGUCAAACUCCUGGCCUCAAGCAGUCUAUCUGUCUCUGCCUCCCAGUGUGCUAGGAUUACAGGCAUGAGCUACCACACCCAGCCCCAGUGUUCUGUUGCUCAAAGUAUUCAGCAUGCUAAGGUACCAUACACUGAGGUUUCAUGUUCUGAGCCCCAACAGCACACAGUGUUCAGGCACAGUCCUGAGACAUGCUCAGCCCGGACCACAUGGGGUUGGAAAUAGUGGCAGAGGUAAAGAAGGCAAUAAUUAGCUUAGCCUAGGUUCAGCCAUCUAUUGUUGGAGCCACUAGUAGAGUCAACUUGUCCUGGAAUCCCUUGGUUUCCCAGUGAGAAACUAAGGAGAGGAGACCACCAACAAACAAUGAGAAAUGGAUUUUUGACAAAUUCUGUCUGUGUUGUUGUCAGAUGAUAAUCAGUUUACUUUACCUGUGUGGGCAUAACUGUAGACCAAGCUACAAACAAAAAACUUGUUUUUUUUUUUUUGGUUACUAAGAACCAAUUAUCUUUGUUCUUUGAACUGUUACUUGUGGGUCAAAUUAAACUUAUCAACACUAAAGUUUUUAUAACCUUUUAAAGUUAUAAGUUUUAUAAACUUAUAAAAACUUAUGACUAAAGCUGUCAUAGAGUUGGACAUCCAGUGAAGGGAAGGAGGAACUAUGCAAGACUAUGAAGUCAAAAUUUGAAAUUGAUAUGUUUGACUUUCAGCUUGUCUUUUUUGCUCUGGUUCACCUCUGAGUGAAGAUAAUGAGGAAAAAAAGUGAAAGAAUCAAGGAGCUUAGACAAUUCAAAAAUGUAAACCCAAAUUAAAUCACGGCAAGCUUUCUUUUGGGUCAAGUUGCAACUCCAAAGAGAAAAGAGAAACGAAUAAAACUGGCAUAUAGGAAUUGUAAGUGUUAAAAUAUUUAUCUACGUUAAGAAGUUCCUAGUCCCAUCUGGGACACCUAUUGUAUUGAUGGAAGUAGACUCUAUAAAAAUUUCAUUUUCUUGGAGAUUUUAUUAGGUUUUUUUUUUAAAAAACAGCAGCAUUUGAUUUCUCUGCCUUUACUAAAUGGUUGAGAUUGCAGGCUGACACUUAUUAAUUAUACCAGAUUUCUAGUUUUAAUUAGAAAAUCUCUUCUGAGACUAAACCUUUUUACCAUUAGGCUGUUUGAAACCUAUGAGAUAAAAAGGGAGAGUUCUUUCAGAAAAUUAUUUACAUGAAUUUAAUUAAUGAUUAUAAUCUCCAUGGUCAUUUCUGCAAAAGAGCAUUUAAUCCCUUAACCAGUUUUCAUGAUUUGCAUUUUGCAAAAACAUGUUGGCCCUGCAGGCUUAUUAUCUGAGUUGUGUUUCUUUUCCAGAUGAAACUUAUUUUGGGUGAGUUUUAUUUUGCUACUGCUCCAAGACCCCCCCCACCCCCCACCCCCCGUUUCAUACCUUAACACCUGUUUCUCAUGCAGAGCAAACCGAUUGGUAGAAAAGUAAAGUUUGCUUCCUUUUGCCAAGACAGAACAUAGCCCUUGGCAAGGUUACCUUUGAAAACAGUUUUUCAUGCAGAGACCGUAUACAAGUAGCAUUGCUGUUGCCAAGAUCCUCUGACUAAUGAAGGGUCGGAGCGAUGGUGUAUUCUUUUUCAUUGCUUGCGGCACGUAUAUGUGGCAUUUCUUCUGAGAAAAGGCACUCUAGCGUUUCAAACACAAGCUAGAAGUUUAACCUUCCAAGAGGAAGGUCAGUGUUAGUUUUUAUUGAUAACACAGAAGAAAGCCACUUUAUAAGAAUAUGAAAGAUAAAUUCUUUGCUAAGUAAAAACGAUUAAACACACUGAGCUUUCCAGCUUUCUUAUGAAAAUCAGUUUGAAACUAUUUUACAUUUUCAAAGUUUCUUUUGUUUUCCAUCCUAGCUUGGGUGUCAGUCAGAUCCUUCAUAUUGAUGAUGCUCAGCAACAGUCUCCAAGCUGUGGAGACAUGGUAACGAUUCCAGGCUCAGGUCCCUGUAUACAGCUGUCUGUUCUGUUUUGUUGCUGUUAUACUAUAUUUUUUUUGGUUAUGUUUAAUCGUAUUUUAUGAGAACAUUUCCAUUUCCAUUAUGCUUUAAGCCAUCUAUAGUUAACAACGGUUUCAUAAACUCUGAGGCUGCCGGGCAUGAUGGUUCAGGCCUGUAAUCUCAGCACUUUUGGAGGCUGAGGCAGGUGGAUUAUUUAAGGCCAGAAGUUCAAGACUAACCUGAGCAACAUGGCAAAACCCUGUCUCUACAAAAAAAAACCAAAAAACAAAAAAAUUAGCCACCAAAAAUAUGGUGAGACAUACCUGUAGUCCCAGCUAUUCAGGAGGUUGAGGUGUGAGAAUGGCUUGAACCUGGGUGGCAUAGGUUGCAGUGAACUGAGAUCACACUACUGCACUCCAGCCUAGGUGGCAAAGCAAGACCCUGUCUCAAAACAAACAAACAAACAAAUAAACUCUGGGACAAUGCUUUGUUUCACAAGUACUAAAACCCUAGAGGGCAGUGUUUUGUGAGUUUACAUGAAGCUAAAAAAAGAAUGGAAAAUAUUUUAUUCUUAUGUGCAUGAUAAAAGAAGCUGCUUUCUUAAUAUCUGUGUGUGUGUGUGUGUGUGUGUGUGUGUGUGUGUGUGUGUGUUUGCUGGGGUGUGUGUGUGUCUUUGUGUCCGUGUGCUCUGAGGUAAGGGUGAGGGAGAAGCCAUGGAGAUGGAUUGUUUCUUGCUUUAUUUUCCUUUUAUUAGGUGGAUGUUUUUCACAUUAAAUAUUUUUACUAUUUUAUAGCUUCUUAAAUAUUGAUUAUUUGGGGUUAUAAUUUUUCAGUUUUCUUAUAUCUUCGCCUCUUCAGUCAUGGACAAGGGCAAAAUAAUGCAUUAAUUCUAUAACAUUUCAGCAAUACUGCUACACAAUAUUGCCUUCUUAAACAAUUGUCAAUAGCUGAUUGAAAAGUACAUUUCUUUAAAUAACAAAUUUUAUUAUCCCAAUCCUACUGAAAGGCUCCACUUACCUCCAGUUAUUGGAGGAAUUCAACUAUUUCACUUUAGUUCUACAGUCUUUUUAUAUUUCUUUUGGCCAAACACGAUAUGGUCACAGAAAGUUCAGUCAUACAAAGAUGAGGAAAUCGAUUCUGCAAAAGGUACUGGAAACAAAACAAUAAUGUUAUAAUCAUUUGAUUAUUACUAUUAUUAUUUUUUUGAUGUUUUAAAAAAGGGAUUUGUAGAUGAUCACUCUUGAAUUGGGGUUCAUGUUCUACCACACUUUGCAGAUUAUAAAGGAAUGUUUACAGGACUGGAAAUAAGAAAACUCGAAAAAGCAAAGAGAUUGCUACUUUAUAAAAUGUUGUCUACUGGGAAAUAGAGGCAGCAUGCUGGGUGGCUGCUUACACCUGUAUGUCACUGGAAAUUUUUAGAAUAACAAUGACAAUAACAAACAUGUUGAGCACUCAAUAUAUGUCAGCUGUUAAUCUAAGUACUUAUAGAUAAUAUUGACUCAUUUAAUUUUUAUAACAAUGCUAUAAGGUGUAUUGCUGUGUUAGAGAUGAGAAGUCAGCCAGGUGCAGUGGCUCACACCUGUAAUCCCAGCACUUUGGGAGGUGGAGGCAGGUGGAUCACUAGAUCAGGAGUUUGAGACCAGCCUGGCCAACGUGGUGAAAUCCUGUCUCUACUAAAAACACAAAAAAUUAGCUGGGCAUGGUGGUACUAGCCUGUAAUCCCAGCUACUUAGGAGGCUGAGGCAGGAGAAUCGCUUGAACCUCUGAGGCAGAGGCUGCAGUGAGCUGAGAUCACACCACUGCACUCCAGCCUGGGUGACAAAGUGAGACUCCAUCUCAAAAAAAAAGAAAAGAAAA